UAAGAAUUGUCAUCCUUCCACUUGUACACUGAUCAGUCAAAAAGUUUAUAUUUCGAAGUUCCUAAGUCAUAACUAUAUCAAAGUAUUUAAAAGACUUGGAUUUCUUCAAUCAUGUCUUACAUACUAUUAGCGUUGUUCGUUUCCAGUAUUCUAUGGAACAGCGUCUCUACGCAGGACACCACUAUUAUUUUCGACGCCAACUCGACGAAUUCGUCAUCAAGUAUGAACGGCGGCAUGACAUGCACUUGCGUAGCAGUAGGUAAUUGUCCCUCUAGUACUACGAACAUCGAUAUUCGAAUCGUUAAUACAGAUUCUAAUUGCUCCGCCGGACAAGUGCGUUGCUGUACGCCUUCUUCUGGAGAUUUGGUUGAUCCUACUUGCGGAGUACGAAAAAUUCCAACGUCUUCGCAUCCCCAAGGUCAAGCAAGUUAUGGAGCAUAUCCUUGGCAAGCUGUCCUUUUGACGACGAGCAAUGUUUACGCAGGCUCUGGUGUACUAAUUACUCCGAAUCAUGUACUCACUGUUGCUCACAAAGUUGCAUCCUACACAAACGGUGGUCUCAAAAUAAGAUUAGGAGAAUGGAAUGGGCAAUCUACAAGCGAAAUGUAUCCAGUCAGAGAAUACACAGCUCGGAAAAUAUCUGUGCAUCCGAACUUCAAUUCAGUUAAUCUUCAAAAUGACGUAGCUGUAAUAACGUUAAGCGGCACAGUUCCCGUUUCAAGCAGUCCCAAUAUUAACACCGUGUGUUUUCCGUCAGCGGUGCCUGCAGCUGGUACAAGAUGCUGGGUAUCAGGCUGGGGAAAGGAUGCAUUUGGUACAAAUGGAAGAUACCAAAGUACAAUGAAAGAAGUAGAUGUACCUCUUGUGGAUGAAGCAACUUGUGAAACAGCCCUUCGACAAACAAGACUUGGACAAUAUUUUAGUCUCAGUAAAAGUAGUUUCCUAUGUGCAGGUGGUGAAGCUGGAAAAGAUGCAUGCACGGGGGAUGGUGGCUCACCACUGGUAUGUCAAACUGGAAAUGCACAGUGGCAGGUUGUUGGAAUGGUAGCAUGGGGUAUUGGCUGUGCUACUAAUAAUGUUCCUGGCGUAUAUGUGAAUGUAUAUAAUUAUAUUCCUUGGAUUAUACAACAAAUUAGUUAAAUGAUAUGAUUACAUUACAAAAACAAAAUACUGAGCAUGAUUAAUGUACAAUUAAUUUAUUCCGAAUACUACCAAAAAUGUAUUCUUUAUAUUUAGAUAUUUAAAUUGUUUACUAUUGUAAAUUAAAAGAUAUCAAGUUUAGUAAAAUUGAUGUUAUUUUGUUUUA